CAUUAACACAGCAUAACAGUACCGUCUACCGCCGCGCACGCAUCGCAUCGCAGUUCCAAUUUCUCUGAAACAUUGCAAGUAACUCUCUUUAGGCGUUACACUAAUAUGUAAAGAUGAGGCACAUUAUAAUUAUUGUGAUAUUGUCAUGUCUCACUACAGCUGUGUUGCCGGCUAAAUAUAUAUUGCCGAAGUGGAAGAAACAGCCUCUCCUGGUGGCUCUAUACGAGAAGACUGUCCAGGCCUGCGAACUGCCGGCAGUGCAGAGCGAGCACAGCCACUACGUCUGCGACGACAAAGGAGAGCCCAAGUGUCUUCCGGGAUGGCAGGGAGACCUCUGUGACGUCCCGAUUUGUAGGAAAGGAUGCGAUCCCUUACAAGGAUAUUGCAAGCGGCCGGGUGAAUGCCGCUGCAAGCUUGGGUUCUACGGGGAGAGGUGCAACAAAUGUAUCCCGCUGCCUGGAUGUCAACAUGGCUACUGCAACGUGUCUUUUGAGUGCAUCUGCAAGGAGGGAUGGGACGGCAUAUUCUGUUCUGAACCUAUGUGUCGGUCGGAUUGCCAUUCGACCCGCGGCUUCUGCGAGACUCCUGGGGAGUGCCGGUGUCGGCUGGGCUGGGCUGGAGCCACAUGUCGAGAUUGCCAACCCCUGCCUGGCUGCCAACAUGGCUACUGUGACAAACCACUCGAAUGCAAGUGUUCACCGGGCUACACUGGACUACUUUGUCAAACACCGAUAUGUGCAACUGGUUGUCACGGCGAGCGGGGGUACUGCAGAAGACCAGGGGAGUGCAGGUGUAAGGUCGGAUGGACCGGUCUCAACUGCGCACAGUGUCACCGUUAUCCUGGAUGCGUCCAUGGCACCUGUAAUAGACCUUGGGAAUGUAUCUGCAAGCCUGGAUGGGGAGGAAUGCUAUGUGAUGAAGAAUUGAACUACUGUGAAAACAAUCCGGAUACUUGUAAGAAUGAUGGUAAAUGUCAAUCGUUAGAAUCAGGAGAUGGGUUGUUCCGUUGUCAAUGUCCUUCUGGUAUCAAGGGCAAACAUUGUGAGAUUCUGCCAGAGAGUAUGACUACUCCUGUAUCCAACGUGACGCAAAGUACUACAGAAAAUAGCAUAGUAGUAGAAGUAACUACUGGAGUCACGGACGAAAAUGAGACUGAAUAAUAGAGAAUUGUCUAAUGCUAGUUAAGUAGUUUGUAAUUUAUUUAUUUUAUACUGAAUAAUUUAUUUAAUUUAAUAAAGAAUUUUGUUAAUAAGAA